AUGACUAAGCUACUACGUAAGGGAGUUCCUUUCGUCUGGACUGAUGCACAACUGGAGAGUUUUGAUAAGCUUAAGACAGUUCCGACUCAAGCUCCUGUUCUAAUACAGCCUGAGCCUCGUAAAGACUUUGUAGUAUACAUCGAUGCGUCACAUGUGGGUCUGGGUUGUGUUCUGAUGCAAGACGAAAAGAUGGUUGCUUAUGCAUCUCGUCAGUUCAAGACUCAUGAGCCUAAUUAUCCGAUACAUGAUCUGGAGUUGGCAGUGGUAGUCUUCGCUUUAAAAAUCAAGAGGAACUAUCUUUUAUUCAGUGAUGGGAGUUUGUUGGCAGAACUUCAAGUAAAACUGACAUGGAUUGAUCAGAUCAGAGGUAAACAGAUAGGGGAUAAGUCUCUUGAGUUCCGUUUUCAUCAAGUUGAGAGUGGUGUUACUACUGAUUUUUGGAUUAGCAGCGAUGGAGUAUUAUAUUUCCACGGUCGAAUUUGUGUGCCGAAUGAUAGGGAUUUAAGCCGGUUAAAGUACCAACAUGGAAAUGGGAGCGAGUAA